UUAGUUUUCCUCACAGGAGAAAAAGCCAAUUCAGUAUUGAAACGCUACCCAAGAGCUAAUGGACUUUUUGAAGAAAUAAGACAGGGCAACAUUGAUCGUGAAUGCAAAGAAGAAAUCUGCACGUUUGAAGAAGCAAGAGAAGCUUUUGAAAAUACUGAGAAAACUGUAAGUGUAUUGGCAAUUUGUAAGAAACGUUCACAGUUUUGCCUACCUUUGGAUGUACGUUUGCAGUCUGCAUUCCCGAAUUGUGUGCAUCGCUCUCAGUUACAAAUUGAUCACAAAUUACCUUUGUGA